AUGUUAAAUUCUAAAGAAAAUAUAGAUGAAUUUCUUAAAUCAAUAUCAAACAAAACUCUUGGUUUAUAUAAUCAAUCUGAAAUUGAAAACAGUUCAGAUUCUGCAUUUUAUGUUCAACGUGAAGUUCCAGAAUUUUUAUUUAUUACAGAAUUAAUAAUUGAAGAAUAUGAUUAUAAAAAUGAAAUUAAUGAAUAUCGAAACAAUGGUGCUGCAUUCUUUUCUUAUCAUUAUACAGAAGAAUAUAAAUGUUUCUCUAAAUAUUUAAAAAUAGCACAAAUAUUUGAUUCUCUUAGUGUUGAAAACAAAAUUAGACCUGAAUUAAAUAAUAAUUGUUUAAUAUAUGCGUUACAACAAGAUAAAAUAGAUGAGAAAAUUAUUGAUUUAUAUCGUGUUCAUUGUUAUUCAAGAUAUCAGAAAAUUAAAUUGAUAGAUAAAGUUUCAAAAUCAUGUAAUAUUAGAAUUCAAAUAAAACGUGAAGAAUUAAAGCGUAAAGAUCAUGCUAAUACAAUAAUGAAAUAUAUAGGAUCAGAUAAUGAAGAAGCUAUUGAAAUUAGUAUGUAUUUAUUUAGAGAUUCAAAUAUGAAGGGUGAUCAUUAUUUCUUAGAUGUUGAUAUUCCUAUUACUCCAUUUUAUCUUAAGAAUAGAGUUGAAAUGAAUGAAUGGGCAUUAGAUCACAACAAACCAAUUGAAUCCGUGUUUAAUAAACAACGUUAUAAUAAAAAUAAACAAUGUUAUGAAGUUAAAGAUAAAAAUAAUAGUUCUAUCAAAUUAUCUGAACUUAUUUUAUAUAUUAGAGAUAAUAAUGGUUUUAAACCAUAUUCACUUAGCGAUGUACUUCAUUUACCAUCUGAUUUAUCUUAUUAUGUUAAACAAUCAAUCGAAUCAUUAGAUUAUCUAGAUUUCGAAGUUAAACCAAUAACAAUGGAAAAAACUACUAAAAAAUCUAAAUGUAAAAACUAUACUUACUAUUAUGCAGAUUUUGAAGCUAGCACACAAGGAAUUCAUAAAGCAUAUUGUGUUGCUUAUUCUAAACGAAAUUCAUUUCAAAUUUCAUGUAAAUACGGAAACGAAUGUGUAGAAAUCUUCUUAUCUGAUUUAGAUAAUAAUUCUGUUGUUUACUUUCAUAAUUUGAAAUAUGAUUCGUGUUUCUCAGCAAAAUAUGGAAUUGAGACAUGUAUUAAGAAAGAUGGAAAAACUAUGAAAAUGAAACUAAAUUAUCACAAAAAAAGAAUUGUUUUGAAAGAUAGUUAUUCAAUGAUUUCAAAUAAGUUAUCAGAUUUUCUUAAAAUGUUUGAUUUAUCUAAUAUUUAA